AUGCUGCGCAAGAGUCUGUUCCUUCUUAAUUCCAUGGACCCUAUUGUCAAGUACGCCCAAAAGGGUGCUGUGGUGACAUUGACGUUAAAUCGUCCUAAACAGCUCAAUGCCCUGAAUGCGGAGUUAACAAAUGCACUGGCGGAAAAGCUGCUAAAGUGUGACGCCGAUCCAUCGGUCUCUGUUUUGAUCAUCACUGGUGAAGGCCGAUCCUUUGUUGCUGGCGCAGACAUCAAAGCAAUGGCAAACCAAACUUUUGUCGAAUUUUACAAACACAACAUGCUUCGAGGCCUUGAUACGAUUGCAGCGGUCCGCAAACCCAUUAUCGCCGCGGUAAACGGUUUCGCACUCGGUGGCGGCUGUGAGUUGGCGAUGUCUUGCGACAUUGUUGUUGCCAGCGAAAAGGCCAUCUUUGGGCAACCCGAGAUCAAAAUUGGAACAAUUCCGGGCGCGGGUGGGACGCAGCGACUCACACGACUCAUUGGUAAGAGCAAAGCAAUGGAAUGGAUUCUUACAGGUGAGCAAUACACGGCCGAGGAGGCUGAACGCGCCGGGUUGGUUUCACGCGUCGUUAGGCAUGAGGAACUUCUUCCAACGGUCAGUGCAAUGGCAGAAAAAAUCGCCCUGAACAGCCCAUUAGCUGUUUCUUUGGCCAAAGACUGCAUCAACAAGGCAUUGGAGACAACGCUGGCGCAAGGUAUGGCCUAUGAGCAGCGCACCUUUCAAGCCACCUUUGCCACGGAUGAUCAGAAGGAGGGCAUGGCUGCGUUUGUGGAGAAGCGCAAGCCGAAUUUUAAGAAUGCGUGA